UGUCAGACUACAUUUUAUGCUUGAUGCUUUAACAAAGCGGGACAUCCUGAGCGAACAUUAUUGACGACUAUCUCCACUGCUGUGACCAAUCAGAACACGACAUGGUGGAAACACGUGGCCAUAUAAUCAAAGAAUGGGUCCAGCCUCACGCACAAUGAAAUAUAUCCACGAGGUGCAUUUGAGUUGACUGGUAACUCUGCAGUCAUCUCUCAAAUGAUCAUGGUAUCAUUUUUCAGUCUUAAGAGCGCACAAGAAGUAGGAAGAUGGUCGUCAAAUUCAACGUGGUGCUUAUCAUCUUCGUUUGUAUUUUAAUUUCUAUCGAGGGUCGUUCGGUUAAAGAGGACAGUUUUGAUAUUGAGACCCAUAACAAGUCUGUGGUGAUGGAAGAACGAGGUUGUUCCGAUGACAGAAAAGUUGGCGAAAAAUGGGAGAGGUUAGUGCGUUUGCCGGAGGGUGAGAAGGAAGGAAUCUGUUCUUUAUGCGAAUGCAGCGCAGACGGUACAGAGUUUUGUAAAGAAAAUCUUUUGUUAUGCUUCAAACCAGAAGGAUGCAUAGAGACUGAAAUGAAGCCGGAUCACUGCUGUCCUCAGUGCAAAACAUGGGCAACAGCGGUUACUACACCACCACCCAUCUUUACAAUAGAGGAAGGUACAGAAGAAUCCUCACUUCCGUUUCCAUUUGGUUUCGAUGCCAAUACGGAUCAAGACCGAUAACAACAGGUAAUGCUUUUCUUCGGCCAUUUACUUACAGGUGUGCAUGAUGUCGUGAAAAAUUUUAUUCCGCAUUUUGUGGAAGAAUCGUGAUGAUGAAUCGAGCUUAAACAAGUCACUUUUGUGAGAACUGUAUAGAAUAUGGAAAUAAAGAGUAACCAGAAAUGGAAA